AUGAGUGAUAGACCUCUGCCGUCAUCGUUUGAUCCGUACAACUCCUACCUUCUACGCAUAUUACUGUGCUCAGUUCUCCCCGUUCAAUUCCUCGCCGUACAUGAGCUAAUAACUCGCCCGAUCCCCGCAGGAUGCCUGGCCACCAGUUAUGCGCUAUUGCGAGCGUAUAAAUCGAUGAAAGCGGGCGAUUCCGCGCAGCUCAAUCGCAUGUUCCGCUUCCGUAUCUAUGCCCAAGCGUUCACCCUCCUGGCCGGCGUCGGUGGCGGGUUUUAUUACCAAGCGGAGCGGGCGCAACGGAAAGAACUCGAACGGGCGGUGGCUGAUAAGAAAGCCCAGGCGAAGCGUGAUGCCUGGUUAAGAGAGCUGGAAAUCAGAGACCAGGAAGAUAGAGAAUGGAGGGAAAGACAUGAGGCUGUUGGAAAGGCGGCGAAGGAGGCUGGGAACAAGCCAAAGGAGGCCAACCUUGACGCGCCGAAAGUUCCAACGAAGGAGUCGGAAGAGGCGAAACCAACGGGUGGGAUUCUGGAUGCUGUCAAGAGUUUGGGUAAGGAGAAAUGA